AUGAUGGCCCUUCUGUCUGGCCUGGCUGAGGGCCGCAUAGUUCUGGCACUGGAGGGCGGCUUCAACCUCACCACCAUCAGCUACUGCAUGACGCUGUGUGCCAAGGCCUUGCUGGGGAUCUGCUGCCCCCUUGAGCCCCAGCUGGUGCCCAACAAGAGUGCCGUGCAGACCACCAAUGGGGUCAUCCGUACCCACAGCUGCUACUGGCCGGCGCUCUGCUUCAAGGUGAGUGUGGGGGUCUUUAAUCCGACCACUGCAAUUGGCAUAGAUUUGGCCUUCACUGCUCUUCCUUCCCACGCUGCCGCAGCUCGCCUCGUCUCAGACGACAACGCCCACCGCCCCGUGUUCCCCGACUGCCAGUCCUACGACGACAUCCACGUGACGGAGAACGUGACGGCUGGCAGCCCCGUCCUCCUGCGCCUGGACCGUGACGGCGAGGACAAAGAGUUCUUCCUGACGGUCAUCGCGAAGGACAGUGGCUUGCAGCCCCGCCAGACGUCGUGUUCCUUCAGGGUCGUGGUGGAGGACGUUAACGACAACCCGCCCGUGUUUGACCUGCCGCGGUACGAGCAGACGCUGGCCACAGACCACAACCCGGCCACCCCGGUGCUCAGGGUCUCCGCCUCUGACCGGGACACAGGUGAGAAUGCAAGAAUCAAUUACCACCUUGAGGGGCACCCGAACCACCUGGAGUUCUUCUACCUAGAGCCUCUGACAGGCGUUCUCACCCUAAAGCGACCUCUUCAACCGACUAUGGCCAACACCCAGAUCUUCCACGUGCGGGUGCGAGCGGUGGGAGGCACGCCGUCCCUGUGGUCCACGGCGCCAGUCACGAUCAAGGUGGUGUCCUCGGGGGAGCUGCCGCCUACUGUGGUCGGCCAACACCCCCGGCAGCCCGCCAUCCCGGAGAACACCACAGAGAACACGGAGGUGGUGGUGCUGUGUGCGAGAUCGAACCUCGCGGACUCUCCCAGUGUUUACUUCACUCGUGAACGGCGACACGCCGGACACCAACCUGAGGGCACAUUUGCCAUCAGGUGA